AUGACGAAAAGAUCUUCCACGCCGCAGGCCGGCCGACCUGGGGACCCGAUGAGACACUGGUUGUUUCUGGAGGCGUCUGUUUUGUCUUCGAUGCAGAUGAAACCGUUAUGUCAUGUACCUGAUGUAGCGAGCAGCUGGUGGUGGCACCAUCCUGGGCGGUACCUACGACAUUGGCAACUGGGAGUCCUAGCUGAAUCCCAACAUCGCGCAUCGCAUCAUGCAGCGCAAGGGAUAGAACUCAGGCCGCAAGGUUACAAGGAGGUUGCUGGCGAGGGCCUUGUCUCGGAUAUCCUCAUCUACAACAUCAUGGUACAUGCGAUUCAAUAUUGCGAUGCAAAAGGCCGUUUGGGGCGAUCAAACAUCAAUUUGGGUCAUCUCUUGCUCUGUGGAUCUGGUCAUCCACAUGCGGGAAAUACCACUCGUAACCCCAGGGAUAUUCCUCUUACCAAGUUUACUGCCAUGUCCGGUGAGAAUCAUCUCCAUAGGCCAGUUGCUGGUGGCCAGGCGUUCCCUGUUCCAGGUGGGCACGAGGCUGAGGAACACAUCCGGGAGGAGGGAUUUGUCGACGAGCGUGGCCUUAUUAAGGAUGUACAUGCGACCAAGGUCCGGAUCGCCCGGGACGAGCUCCUGCACAGAGCACGGGAAUUGAUGUCCAAUUCGAUGUUGGUUUCCGUGGUCCAGUUCGUUUCCAGAAUGUCGCGGUUUUCCCCUACGCGCAUCUGGACCAGAUACUGGGGAGCGGGUGGUGAGGAGAGUCUUCCCCUGACAAGGGCUGGUUUAUACAAACACACUCGGCCAUUCGUGAGGAGAGAGUCGCACGGUCAAGCUCAUGUUCGCGAUCCUCUUGGAAGUCUCCUCCUCGUCGAGGCCAAGCGAGUGCAGAGGUCUACGAUAUUUCAGUCUCUGCAUUUCACAUCAAUCAACAAAUCUGCGCUGGAACUCGCAGAACAUUCAUGGAUUGUUGAGCCCAGAAUGCGUCUAUUUUUAUGCAAGAAUUCUCCCCCGGCGUGGAUGCAUGAGGACUUCCUCGGCUUCAAAGCACCCAAACAGAUAACCGCCUCCUCUUCGGUCUAA